AUGGUAGCUCAAAGAAACAACCCCCAAACCACCGUCAUUCCGCCGGUGGCCGGAAAAUCCACCACCCUGCAGUUCCUCUUUGAUCUUGAUUCAGAAAGUUGCAGCACUCAAAACGACGAUGAAGACAAGAUUCAAAUUUUCGAUCCAAGAAUCGAAGAACUCACAUCGAUAAUCGUUUAUUGCACCGAGUAUCGUUCAAAUGAUAAAGAAUCUGGUUUGAAACGACUUAAACUCACACAGCUUCUUUCCAUCAUCAAAACUUCAACAACUCCACUUUCUGAUCAAACCCUAGAAUUUUUAUUUAAAAUGUUAGCUUCAAAUCUCUUCCGCCCUCUUCCGCCGCCGUCUUCCUCCACCGUCUCCGUCAUCUCACCGGAAGAUGACGACUGUAUCGCCGCCCCUGCCGCCGCUUGGCCACACUUACAAAUCAUAUACGACAUUCUCCUCCGUUUGAUAAUAAAAAAAGACGUGAAAACCCUCCGGCAAGUACAGUUCAUCGGCCGGAGUUUUGUUCUCAACCUCCUUGUCCUCUUCCAGUCCGGCGACCCACGAGAACGCGACGCCGUGAAGAAUGUCGUUCACCGGAUUUACUCCAAGUUCACAUUCUACCGAUCAUUCAUGCGAAAAGCGAUGACGGAUGUUUUCUUGCAUUAUGUCUACGAAACCGAUCACCGGCAGAAUGGGAUCGGAGAGAUUCUUGAGAUAUGGGGAAGUAUUAUUAAUGGGUUUACAGUGCCAUUGAAGGAAGAACACAAGCUUUUUUUAUCUAGGGUUUUGAUUCCAUUGCAUAAGCCGAAGAACAUGCAGGUUUAUCACCGGCAAUUGGCGUACUGUGUGUCGCAGUUUGUCCAGAAAGAGGCGGAGAUCGGCGGCGUUGUGAUCGGAAAGAUUUUGAAGUAUUGGCCUGUAACAAAUUGUGGGAAGGAAGUAUUGUUGAUUGGGGAAUUGGAGGAGAUCGUUGAGAACAUGGAUCGUCAGCAGUUCUUGAAUCUAGCGAUUCCUUUGUGGACACAAAUCACAAAGUGCAUAAAAAGCUCCAAUUCACAGGUAGCUGAGCGGGCCCUAUACGUUUGUAACAACGAGCAAUUCUUGAAGGCGGUGUCACAAGAACUGGACGAGGUGUUCCCUGUUCUAGUUGAAGCCAUCGAAAAGAACCUUACGUUGCAUUGGAACAAAAAUGUACGAGAACUGACACAUAAUGUGAAGACCUUACUCGAAGAUCUCGAGCCAGUUCUCUACAGAAAGUGCCUUGAGAUGAAUGAAAUACACUGGCUCACAACGCGAUUAGAUGAAAACACACGAAGGAAAAGAUGGGAGAGGAUUGAAAUGGUAGCACGAACCAAUAACUAA